GAAUUAUUCACCAUGUUCUGGUUGUUGGGUUGUGCCCGAGCGGCCACCCACGGCUCUUUCGCCGCCGUGAGCGGCGGUUACCACAAACAUGUCCAUGAACAAUGCAGGUUCACCAGAUACUCCAGCCUCUGUGCCGACACGAUGGCGGGGUUCGUGUCCGGAAACCAACAGGUCGACGUCGUCUCAGCUCUUAUAAACAAAACCAUAUUGGAAACCAAUCUCCCGACCUCCUACUUCACACAAUUAAGCUCCAACCUCGACAUCUCAGAAGCUCAACAUGUCAAUUCCAUCACAGGGUACUGUCAAGAGCUGUUGAGCAUGUCCCUGAAACGGCUCGACCAGUCUUUAUUAGCUCUCCAGAAUUCUCGGAACCAAAACAAACACAAUAUUCAGACAUGGAUGAGCGCUGCCCUUACUUACCAACAAGCCUGUAAGGAUUCCGCCGACACUCAUACUUUGCUGUCCAAUAGGGACCUAAUGGGACAAAUAGCCCGAAAAAUGGACUACCUGUCUCAGUUGGGCAGCAACACAUUAGCCCUUGUCAAUAGGAUGUCCGGCACGUCGACCGUGUCUCGCCAGCUGAGCGAGAGGGCCCGCGAUUUCCCCAAUUGGUUGUCGGCGAAAGACCGGAGACUACUUCAGGCACCGGAGGUGAAAGCCAAUGUUGUAGUGGCGAAAGACGGGACGGGGAACUAUAAGACGGUCUCGGAAGCUAUCGCUGCGGCUUCUGGGGGACGGUUUGUGAUCUACGUGAAAGCCGGAGUUUAUAACGAGAAAAUCCAGACUAAUAAAGACGGUAUUACGUUGAUCGGAGAUGGGAAGUACAGAACUAUCAUCGUCGGUGGUGGUAGUGUCAAUGGUGGCUCUAGCAUGCCCGGGUCCGCCACAUUUACUGUUACCGGCGACGGAUUUAUGGCUCGGGAUAUCGGAUUUCAAAACACGGCCGGUCCCCAAGGAGAACAAGCCUUGGCUCUUCAUGUUGCUUCCGAUCAUUCGGUUUUCUAUAGGUGCAGCAUUGCAGGGUACCAGGACACAUUAUACGCUCUUUCCUUGCGUCAGUUCUAUAGGGAAUGCGACAUUUACGGCACGAUCGAUUUCAUAUUCGGAAAUGCCGCCGCCGUUUUCCAGAGCUGCACGUUGUCUCUUCGCCGUCCUCGCAGCGGCAGCUACAACGUGAUACUAGCGAACGGGAGGUCGGAUCCCGGACAAAACACCGGCUUCGUGAUUCAAAAUUGCCGGAUCGUGCCGAGUUCGGAUUUUUCUCCCCUUAAGCAUAGCUUCAACUCGUACCUAGGAAGGCCCUGGAAACAAUAUUCGAGAGCAAUCGUGAUGGAAUCGACAAUAGACGACGCCAUCGCUUCCGCAGGUUGGGUCGAGUGGCCCGGACAAAGUGCUUACUCGAAAUCGUUGUACUUUGCCGAGUAUGCGAAUGCAGGACCCGGAGCAGGAACUUCCGGAAGGGUAACGUGGCCGGGAUUCCACGUUUUAGGACGCGUUGAAGCCGCGAAAUUCACGGUCAGUCAAUUUAUCGCCGGAAAUGCGUGGCUGCCGUCAACCGGAGUAACUUUCACCUCAGGCCUCCAGUAA